AUGGCAGAUUCAGCUCCAUUACAACGUUCGGCUGAAGUUGAAGAUUUAACACAUUUAACUGAAAAAGAUAAAAGAAAAAUGUAUGAAAAUGUUGAACACGGAAAAGGUUCACUUCAUCGAAGUGAAGAAAUGGAAGAUUUGGCUCAUUUAUCAUCACAAGAUAUAAAUAAACCUUUAAUUAAUGAUCGAAAUAUCCAUAUUAAACAAUAA